CGGAGCACGGGGAAGUCCCGAGCACGGGUACAAGAACGCGGCGCGCGCCCAGGAGGGUGGCCUGGACGGUGUCGCAGCGCUCCAGCCAUGUCGCGAGGCCUCCAGUUCCUGCUCCUUGGCUGCGCCUGCAGCCUGGCGCCAGCGAUGGCGAUGCGGGAGGUGACGGUGGCUUGCUCCGAGACGGCUGACCUGCCGUGCCCAGCGCCCUGGGACCCGCAGCUCUCUUACGAGGUGUCCUGGGCCAAGCUCUCAGAGGGAGGCAACGAGAGGCUGGAGCUCCCCCAGAGCAGGCAAAACGACUCCUCCGAGGAGCCCAGGACAAGGUCUUACUCCCUAACGAUCCAGAACACUACUGUCUGCAGCGCUGGCAUCUACAGGUGUGCCCUGCAGGAGCUGGGAGGGCAGCGCAACUCCAGUGGCACCGUGGCUUUGAAAGUGACAGGAUGCCCCAAGGAAGCUGCAGAAUCUCCUUUCCGGAAGUACAGGGCCGAAGCUGUGCUGCUCUUCUCUCUGGUCAUUUUCUACCUGACACUCAUCAUUUUCACUUGCAAGUUUGCACGACUACAGAGUAUUUUUCCAGAUAUUUCUAAACCUGGUACGGAACAAGCUUUUCUUCCAGUCACCUCCCCCAGCAAGCAUUCGGGGCCAGUGACCCUUUCCAAGACAGAAACAGUUUGAGUAGGGUCUUUUCUGGUUUUUACAAAGCCAAGCGCAACCCAGACCAGUGUGCUUGAAUGCUGCCUGGACAAGAGAAGAAUGAGCCCCACCCUCAGAUGGCAACCUUCCUCUGAAGUCCUUCACCUGACAGUGGGUUCCACACUACUUCCUGCCACAGGGUCUUGAGCACCAUCACAUGAUCAUGAAGCAUGGGGUCAUCACCGCUUCUCUAUGGCUGUCGGCUUAGUGUUUCAUGCGGCUAUCUGGUCAACCUCUUAAAUGCUUUUCAGUCAUGUAAAAGCUAUGGUGAGACGCAGAUGGAGCAAGGACAUGGGAAAUUUGAACACUCUGAGCUAAUCUUGUGACAGACUCCCAAGGACAGCUGUCCUUGUCUACAUCUGGGAUACAGCUCUUUGAAUUUGUCCUGUUUUGUUGCACCAGUCCAGAUGUCUCAUAUCUGGCAGAAGUUGACAGGCCAAGCUGUGAGCCAGCGGGAAAGAUUUAGCAAAUAAUUUCCCAGUGCGAAGGUCCUGCUAUUAGUAAGGAGUAUUAUGUGUACAUAGAAAUGAGAGGUCAAUGAACUGUUCCUCAGCAGGGCCUUUUCAUCUGGGAAAGACAUCCAUAAAGCGGCAAUACAGAGGGAUGCCACAUUUAUUUUUUUAAUCUACAUGUACUUGUGAGAGAAGAAUUUUCAUGUUUUUCAAAGAAGUUUCUUUUCUUUAAAAAAAAUGAUUGUCUAGUUGGAUAGCAUUGCUAGCUGGCAAGCAGUCUGAGUGAAUAUGGAGAGUGUCCCUCAGAAUAGGGACAACAAAUUAGAAGCACCGUACGGUGUCCUGCUGGAAAGUGUGGACCAUGGAUUGUGCUACCCAAAGUCUGGCCACAAUUGUCCAAGCCUGUUUGUAUGAUCCUGGAUGAGUCACUUGUGACUUUCACUUUCUGGCUUGUAAACCAGAUGGUUUUUAUCUGGGUUCACUAAAAUGGGUGCAGAAAUGCUUCGGGAAAGCUGGAGAUACUGUACACAGCGGCAACCCCGCUGGGCUGUUAUUCUUGUUGAUAUCCUAGAGUUCGGGAGGUAGAGAAUGCUGAUCGUGUAUCACCUUUCCCAUCAAUCCGAAGAAAGCUAUAAAGAGGACAGAACGUUACCAUGUCUUCUGUGUGAACUCUUCUUGAGAAAUGUGGAGACUGGCUCUGUGUUUUGUUCUUGAAGGGCCAAUCACAAGUCCUUGAAGAUACGGACCUAUGGGAGCCACUGGGCCAUGGCAGGAGGGAGUUCUCAGAUGUUGCACUGAUGUGACAUUGUCGCACUUCUUUAAUGGACUUAUUUUAUGGACUUCCUCAUUUGCCUCCCAGAGAAAUGUUGUCCCUUUGGUAAUGUGUGCAUCACUCACUCACACUAACAUGAGAGUGAAGAGCUGCGUUGAGCUGACCCAGUGUUUGCCUCUUCCUGGCCACUUUCAUGCUAUUAAAGGCAUGCAUGUGAGAAGA